CGCAGUGUGGUACCCACAGAAACUUUUAAGAAGGCAAGAUGGCGGCAAGUUCAUCGGAAGAAUCCCUCGCCUCGCUUUGUAGAGAAGCGGAGCAACUGAAAGUAAAGAUAGACGAAGAGAAGCAGAAGGUUAAUGAUCUUCAACUAAAAGACGUUUCUCAGAGGGUAGAUAGCCUCCUUCUUUCACCACUCAAAGUCCGAAGGAUUCUUAAAGGCCAUCAAGGAAAAGUGCUGUGUUUAAACUGGGCACAGGACAGACGUCACUUGGUUAGCAGCUCACAGGAUGGGAAGGUCAUUGUUUGGGAUGCCUUUACAACACACAAGGAACAUGCAAUUUCCAUGCCAACAACAUGGGUCAUGGCUUGUGCAUAUUCGCCAUCAGGCAACAUGGUUGCUUGUGGGGGACUUGAUAACAAGUGUUCUCUGUUUAAAUUGAGCUUUGAUGACGAGGGUGCCACCAAGAAACACACUGUUGCCAUGCAUACCAGUUACAUGGCUUGCUGUACAUUUACCAAUUCUGACCAGCAAAUCUUGACUGGCAGUGGAGAUACUACCUGUGCAUUAUGGGAUGUUGAAUCAGGACAGCUGCUGCAAAGUUUUCAUGGUCAUGCAUCUGAUGUGAUGAGCGUUGAUCUUGCACCAUCUGAAGGAAGGAAUAUAUUUGUGUCUGGGGGAUGCGAUAAAACAGCCCUUGUAUGGGAUGUCAGGACUGGUCAUGCAGUGAACUCUUUUCAGACACAUGAGUCUGAUAUCAAUGGAGUUAGGUUUUAUCCAAGUGGAGAAGCAUUUGGCACUGCCUCUGAUGAUGCUACUUGUCGUUUGUAUGAUUUAAGAGCAGAUCAUGAACUAGCAGUAUACUCUAAAGAACACAUAAUUUUUGGAGCAGCUUCUCUGGACUUUUCAUUCAGUGGGAGACUAUUGUUUGCUGGCUACCACGACUACACCAUGAAUGUCUGGGAUACACUGAAGGCUGAGCAACUAUCCGUGUACUAUGCACAUGAUAACAGGAUCAGCUGUCUGGAAGUAUCCCCGGAUGGGACAGCAGUUGGGACUGGAAGCUGGGACAAUACACUGAGAGUUUGGGCUUAAAUAGACACCUCUCUGGUUACAGAUGUUUAUUUUCCUGAUGCAGUCCCUUGCUUACAAAGUUCUUCAUCAUUGCUUUCAUUAAAUUACUCAAUUUCCUUUUUCUAAACAGAAAACAUAAACCAUUUUGUAACUAAGUGUGCAGUUUGUGGCAUUUUUGCUUAAUGUAUCCGUUGAGUUUUGUGAAUUGUUUUUAUUUAAUAUCUAAAUUAUACAUCAAAUGUAAUAUUUUUUAAGUGUUAUUUAAAUUUUCAAAGAAAUAUGAUCUUUACUAUUUGAAUUUAUGAAUCAAAAUUUGAUUUUGAGAAUAUUUCUAAAUAAAAUGACUUAAUGCAAAUGUAAAGACCAGUGCAAAAAAUAGUGUGAUUUUUGCCUCGAUAUAUAUUGAGAUUUAGUUUAUUGUAUGGUGAUUAUUUUAAUGAAAGGUAGAGUUUGAAAAGUGUAAUUUCACAAUGAAAAAUAAAUAUUCACUUUUAAAUCUUGUUAUUACUCA